CUCGAUUUGAGGCACCCUGUGCCGAUGAUUGUCAAAUCGAUGUAAAGAAUUUUUAUUAGCAAAGCUAGAAUAGCUCAUUCAGCGUACAGAGAUUUGUAGUUUUUAUACGCUUACAUAUUACAAAACUAUUUAUCUAGGUUAUCACCGUUGGAAGGCGUUUCGAAACAUGUAAAAUGAGUGUGCGUGUAACAGUAGGGCUACUGUGAGCCCCGUCUCUUGGUACGCGAGUGAGCUAAAACUGGCUGCUUCUGGCUGCUCCGCUCCGUUGUCCCAUAUUACCACACACACACGCACUGCUUUUGUGUUGCCUGCCCGUUCCCGUUCGUUGUGGGUGAAACGAUUGGCCUGACGGUAGAGAGAGACACACACACACCCGCGAACCGCCCGUGCAUCGAAGGAUGUCCAAAACGCUGAAGCGGCCGGUGGCUGGCGAACGGCCUAGCUGCUACAUUCCCAAUCGGCUCGAGGAACGUCGCAAUAGGCACCGAACGUUGCGCCAGGAACGGCGCCGAAAGCCGGACAAACCGGACGAUUUCGUGACGUACGAAGAUAGCGACAGCGAGGAGGAAACGCCAAGCCAGCAGCAUCAGGUCCUUAGUACAUCGUACAACUUUGUAGACUACAUCCGCAGCAGAGAAUCAGACUUGCACGAUGAGCGCACGAUCGAUCCGACGUACGCCAGUCGUCACAUCCUGACGCACGACAUGUUCCGCGAAACGCCCAUCUCCCUCGGCAACAUCAACAAGGUGUUCUGCUCGCAGUGGCUCAGCAACCGGCAGGUCGUGUUCGGUACCAAGUGCAAUAAGCUGAUGGUGUACGACGUGAACAUGCGGCGGGUGGACGCGAUUCCGACGCUACCGAACAGCCACGGUGCCAGCCCCGACACACAGUCCGGCAUACACGCGUGUCAGAUUAAUCCUAGCCACAGUUUGCUUGCGACCGGCGCGAGACAUUCGGCCGACAUCGCGCUGUACCGGUUGCCAACGCUGGAUCCGCUCUGCAUCGGCGAGAAUGCACACCGUGACUGGGUGUUCGACAUGUGCUGGCUGGACGAUCAAUUCCUCGUGUCGGGAUCGCGCGAUACCAAGCUAGCGCUGUGGCGCGUCAACGAGGAUCUGAUGGAGUUUCCCGAGGUGAAGGACGGCGAGGAGGAGCAGGACGUGCCAACGUAUGCACACAUUUCGCCCGUUGCGGUGAAGGACUGUCGCGGGGCGCAAAAGAUCCGUGCGAUUUGCUUCAACAAAGAGUACCGGGAGCUUGCGCUGCUUUCGCUGAACGGGUACAUGCAUCUGUUCAAUGCGGAAACGUUCUCACAAAAGCUGUCCCGAAAGCUGCCCAACUGUCAGGAGAAUGUGUGCAUAGCCUGCCAACCGAAUGGACUGUACGCGGUCGGAUGCCGUUCGUACACGCUGCUGCUGGACCCUCGGACGCUGCAGGCCGUGAAAAAGAUUGCAUCGCGCUACAGUGGCUACGGCAUUCGGUCGGCCAGCUUCCAGGGGAACAUCCUCACGAUCGGCACCGGGAUGGGAAUGCUAAUGUUUUUCGACAUCCGGGCCGGCAAAUAUCUCGAGUCGUGCAUCAACUCUUCCCGCACGGUCGUACUGAAAGCUAGCAAAGGCUAUGUGGCCCAAUUUCCUGACGAAGAGAUGGAUGGAUUCCAACAGAACAAAUACUUGCCCGCUAUCUACACACACUGCUACGACAGCAGUGGCACGCGACUGUUCACUGCUGGCGGACCAUUGCCGGCCACGCUUAUAGGAAACUAUGCAGGCAUCUGGCAAUAAUGGUUAGUCAACCUACGCUGAUGCUGAUGAUGAUGAUGAUGGGGUUGGCUGCUCGUGGUGUGACCCUAAUGGAUUUGGUCUCCAUUUGGAUGAAGGCAUCUUCAUCGAACACCACCAACCCCGGGGUGUAAGUAUUGAUCACGUUUUAAGAAGACACUCGUACAUCUACAACCACUGAUGGUCGAUGAUUCCCCAAAACCUCCCCCCCUCCCAUACGAACUGUGUGAAACGUAUCCUUACACUCUUGGUAUUAACGCUAAUUUAUAGUGUGACACGAUGGAUUUACGCGUUUUUUUUUCAUAAAAAUCCAUUAGUUUUUACCCAACACGGUUUGCUGAAUCUUCGAAAACUAGCUUAGGUAGACGUUUUUAUUAUUUAAUUUUUAACGAAGAACUUUUACUGUAGCUUCAGUUUGCUCAUCGACAUCACGCACAUAGAGAGGGUGGGCUCUUUGGUCCUUGUGUUGUUAUUUUUGGAAAGCAUUUUCCACCAAACAUGAUUUGACAACGAUCAACAAUACAGCAAAUCAAAUGUUUCGAACGACUGCACUAUCAGGAAGCUAUAUAUGGGGAGUGUGUGCGCUCGUCCCCAGAACGAUUGUACAGAGUGUAGAGGGUUUGGAUGGUGUGUUGGAUGUGCGUACAGGGCAACGCAACUGUGCAUGGUGGCAACAAGCUUUUGUGGCGUGGUUCCCAAAAAUAGUUCAAGAGUAAAUUAUACGAGAAGAAGGGGGUGAGGUAACGCUACAAUUGGCUGCAAGCGCGCUUUGAAACCAUGCAUGCAACAACAGAUGCUGAAGGUCGUCCUUGAUAGAUUUUUUUGUUUUGUUUUUGUAAGUUGAUCAACCCAAACCAACCAACCAACCGCACGAUUCGUUUAGGCAUGAUGAUGAUAAUGAGUACUAUAAUAGAAAUUUCAUAAAAAUGCUAAUAAAGUCUACCUAGAAAAAUUAUCGAUAAGAUCAAUUUAACA